AUGAAGAUGUCAAGCCAGAAAACUAUUGGUGUAAUGGUUUUAUGCAUGAUAAUGACAACAUUACAUGCAAGUGAAAUCGAUGACGUAACAUGUUCAGAGGCAAUUUCAUCUAUGUUGCCAUGUCUACCUUUUCUAGAGGGUUCUCUUCCACCAACACCAUCUGCUGACUGUUGCACUGGAGCUACUAAUUUGUUCAAUAAGGCAAACACAACUCCUGUUAAGAGAAGUGUUUGCCAAUGUCUUAAAGAUGCUUCAACUAAAUUUGCAUAUAAAUCAGACAGGGCUGCUCACCUUCCUCAACUUUGUCACAUUCAAUUGUCAUUUCCAAUUAGCGCUUCAACUGAUUGUAGCAACCAAUCUAAGAAUCAAAAGAUCGGGAUACCAACUCAGCACCAUAAAUACAAACUUGCAAAAGAUCCAUCGGAGAAGGAGCUUUCACAAUCGUUGGAGCAUCCAUCGAAGAGAACACUGCAACCGUGUUGCAACACAAAUCAACCGUUGACGAAGACUCCGAAUCUGAAGUACCCAGUUGGUGAUCUUCCUGAAGUGAUCAUCGCUAGAACCUAA